AGUGCAGCGCGGCUGCCGGCGUGGCGGCGGUGCGGGCGCUGUGUGCUCAGGUGAGUGCCACCAUCCCUCUGGAUGGGAGCAGCCCCACCACCCUCAGGGUGCAGUGAUCCCCUGACCUCCUUGCAGGGCUGCUGGACCUGCGGCUGAUGGGGGGAAGCAGCAGAUGCAGUGGGCACCUGGAGGUGCUGCAUGAGGGGACGUGGGGUCGUGUUUGCGCCAAUGGCACCAGCCCUGCCACGGCCACUGCCGUCUGCCGCCAGCUGGGAUGUGGCACAGCGGGGAGUCUGACAGACAACCCUGCAGAGGGCUCCGAGCCCGCCUGGCUGAGCUGGGUGAGGUGUGAGGAGGGGGCCCGCUCGCUAUGGCGCUGCCCCUCGGCACCCUGGCAGCUGCAGGAAUGCGGCCCCACCGGGAUCACACACAUCACGUGUGACGAGGACAGCAGGGACAGCAGUGAGGCCACCAGCCCAGCCCCAGCUCUCACCCACAGCACUGUCCCGCUGACUGCAGCACCGAGGAGUGUGUCAGCACCCACGGUGCUGUGUGUGCUCCUGGGGACGCUGCUCUGCGUGGCCCUGGCCGCCCUGGCCGUGCAGGCACACCGCACACGGGCACACUGCCAAGGCCCCAGCAAGAAUGUUGCCUCCGAGGCUGUGUAUGAGGAGCUGGACUACAGCCUGAUGCCAGAGUACCAGGAGGUGCCCAGCCACACAGGUGGGAGCGGGAUGGUCCCCGGGGCCUGGGGCUGUCCCCUUCCCCUGUCAUGUCCCCAACACACUUCCUCCUUUUCAGGUUCCCUAUCCCAGGGCUCAGGCAAAAAAACCGUUCGAUAACAGUGGGGACGGUGCAGAGGAGAGUGACCUCCAGGUGUCCCCAGACCCCCCUGCCCAGCCCCAGCACAGCUCCUCGCAUGGCUACGACGACGUUAUGGCUGUGCCGGAGGUGUCCCCCUCUCCCCAGACCGCGGAUGCCCCGGCACAGCCCCCCGAGGACAUGGGCUAUGACGACGUUGGUGUCUGCACCCUGGGGACGUCGCUGUGAGCAGGCCCCGGGGACAUGGCUGGGACAGGGACCUCUGUCCCCAAGACGCCGUGGCAGCAUCACCGCUCCCUCUUCAGUGCUGCAUGUAACAGCAGCAAACUGCUCGGUUCUCCUUCCUGCAGCCGGGACACAACAGCUCAACAGCUUUUUUUAAUUAUCUUCCUGUAGCUCCCUCCUUAUGAGUAUCUCUUUUAAUAAACAUUAAAAGCUCAGAACUCUGCAGAAA